UCCAAUUUUAGUCGAAGUUAGGGAGAGAAAAUUGAAAAGGUUCGGGGAUGAGUUCUUAUAUAGCGGCCGGGACAUCGCGGCCGUCCUCAGACGAAGAGAAGAAAGUUCGGACAAUGAGGGCUCUCGUCGAAUCACAAGACCUCUCCGCCAAGGAUUUGAGCGACGAGACUAUACGUCGAUUUUUACGGGCGCGGAAUCUAGACGUGGAGAAGGGAUCGUCGAUGCUCGUGAAGUAUCUUCAAUGGAGGAGGGAGUUUGUUCCAAAUGGACAUUUUAAUAGGGAAGAUGUUAUUGGGAUAGGGGGGCUUCUCAAUACGUUGUAUUUGCAAGGGUAUGAUAGGAUUGGCCGCCCGAUCCUGGUCGUUCUUGCCGGCAAUCAUAAGCCUGUAUCUAAUAUCGACGACUUUAAACGCUAUGCAGUUUAUGCUGUUGACAAAGUUUGUUCAAGACUUCCAUCUGGACAAGAGAAGUUUGUGGUGAUUGUAGACAUGAAGGGAUAUGGAUAUGCUAACAAUGAUGCUCGUGCCUUUACUGCUGGCCUAUCGAUACUCCAAGAUUAUUACCCUGAAAGGCUGGGCAAGAUGUUUUUUGUGCAUGUCCCUAGUGUAUUCAAGGCAGCUUGGAAAAUCAUUUCUCCUUUUGUUGACAAAAACACUAAGAAUAAAAUUGCAUUUUUGGAGAGCAAAAAAAUGAAAGCAGUGAUGGGCCAAGAUAUUGAUGAGAGCCAACUGCCAGAGCUCUAUGGUGGAAAACUAAAGCUAGUUUCCAUUGUAAACAGUUGAUCAUUUCAGACACUGCACUUCCAACUUCAUUGAUUACACUUUAAAAUUUAUGUCAUCUACAGUGAAACUAAUA